AUGGCAAAACUGACAGAUGCUCUGAAAGAGGCUGCAGAGCUGGGAUGUGCUGAUGAGAAGAGCUUCAGCUCUUCGUGCACAGCUGUCUUGACGAAACUCAAGCGAGGAUUUGCGGAGGUGAAAAAAGCGCCGGAACUGCUUGAUGAGGUACCUGCAGAGAUUUCAGCAUGGCCCUUCUUCCUCCGCGUUUGUGAAAAAGCCUCCUUUGCCAAACAGGCUUGGGAAGGGACAGCUGUACUUCUCCAAGAUUCGAGGUGGAGGGCCACUUUUGCUCAACAAGAGCAGAAGUUGAGCCUAAACCUCUGGAAGGCAGGGCAGCGCGAUGUGCCUCUGGUCUUGGAGUUGUUGAAGAGACUGCCUGAGGCUGGUGACUUUUUUCCUCUGGAGCAAGUGCCAGGCAUGGACCCAGCGCUUUGCACUGCCUUGCUCGACUUUUUCCAGGAGAACGAAAACACAGAGGCCGAAGCGCUCUCCGCGGCCCUUGUGGAGCGGGCCGGUGAGGUGGAGGUGAAGCGCAAAGUGGUGGCGCCCGAGUCGAAAUCUGCUGUGGGCAAGGACGCCAACUUGCCAGUCUACGUGUGCGAGGUGGAUUUCGUUUCGGUUUCUCGCAAGUUGUGCCCUCCUGGUCGAAGCGCCGGGGCGCUCUCUUCGGGCUCGGCUUGGGGAUUGCCGCCAUUGCCAGCCUUGCAUGGCGCACAACAACUACUGAAUUUGGCGGACGUUUUGAUCCAGAAACUCUCUCCGUCGGCGAUCUUUUGCGGAUGUUUCGCGAAACUCGAGAGGUACUACACACGUGUCUCCAAAAGCAAUGCUUGUGGUGCUGGCAUCAGAGAUGUGAUGCACUUCACUGCAGUGCUCCCGGAAGUCGAUGUCAAAUACGUCAUGGAGGCGUUGACCAACCCGGGCUACACCAACUGGAAUCCAUCGCUACAUGGCGUCAUGUUUCGCCGACAUCGAAGGAUCCCUCUAGAUGCAAACCUCAAAGACACCUUCACCCUUGAGGAGCUGAAGGUGAAGGGUGGCUACAACCAUUUGGAACAAAGCAAGGACACCAUCGAUGUGGCAGCUCAGGUGUCUGAACUGAUGGUUCCCAAAGUGGUGGAGAAGGCUGCUGGGCGUCGCUACACGUCAGACUACAUCGCCAUACGCUACGAUUGCAAGGCAAACCGAGGCUUUUCCAUCGCCACAUCUGUGGGAACAGAGGCAGUAGCGAAAGCGGCUGGCGUGCGAAAGAUGCAAGACCUUUGUCUUACUUCGCUCAUGGUUGCUCCCGACAUUGGUUCCAACGACACCAUGGCAGCUCAGCUGCAGGAGAGGUUCGAACUACCGUGCUGCAGAAAGCAGGUGCUCAUGUUUGGCUUCACCGACAUUGCAAGGGCAGAGGGAGAGCUUUUGUCCAUGGGCGCACGAAUCGCUCCACAAGAAGGCGGUCCCGCCAACGUUCCCGCCGGUAGGCCUGGCCCCAGUUUUGCUCGCGCUGAGCGACUGCUCGCGCUGCACUGGCGCUGGGUUUGCGCGGAGGAAUUUUGCUUCUUCGGCGACAUGUCGAGGUUCGAGGCGGCUGCCAAAAAGGCAGCAACGACUGCUGGGGUGACAACAGCGGCGCCCAAGCCCAAAGCAGCGGCUUCAAAAGCGGCGGCUGCACUGAAACCCGGUGGCCUGCAUGCAAAGCCAAAGGCUGCGGCAGCGAAGUUGGACACCCUGGAGGACAAAAGGAAGUUCGUGAAGAUGUGGGAAAUGAAAAUUGAUGAUAAGGAUUGCGAGGUCCAAGCUGAAGCCAACAAGAAGGCAAAGAAGGACCUCGAGACGGCCUUGAAGAAACUCCAAACUGACGAGACCUAUGUCAAAGUCAAAGAGGAGAUCAAAGACAUGGAGCUUCAAGGGAAACGGGAUGCGGAGCGUGCAGCGCUGGAGCAGAAUCACGCCAAGACGGAUGCGAAGGCUGCUGCACCAAAAGCGGCGAAGAGUGCCGCACCAGUGGCUCUGGAAGCCUCUGAAGCGGUCCUAGAAGACCUGACAAGCCAGCUGCAGAGCACUGGGAAGGAUGCUGCUUCGGCAAAGGCUGCUGCAUUGGCAUCCUUGGAGAAUUUGAGCAGCGCCAGCGCUUUCGUGCUUCCACAGCUGCCUACGUUGAUAGAUCUUUUUGCAGAUAGCAAACUGGGAGCGCCAGCGCAGAAGGCUGCAAAGGCUAUAGUAAGUCAUAUCCAGCCGAAAGGGCAUGGCAUUGCAUCAGAGGUGCUACCAACACUUCUACAUGGCAUGCAGGACAAACGAUGGAAGGUGAAGGCGGCCUGCAUUGAUGUGCUUCUGCCAUGCCUCCAUCAAAUGUUUGACGCCACUCCUGCACAGCUGGCGGAAUCCCUGCCUCAGAUUCUGUCGCGCUUGGCGGAAGCGGCUCUGGAGGUUCGCGCUGAAAUUCGCAGUGCCACCAAUGCCGUUCUCCGGGAGAUUGGCAAUCUCGUGGCCAGUCCUGAGAUCAAAAAGCUCUCGCAGGACCUUGUCACUGCAUUGGCGGAGCCCACGAAUCAGAAGCAUACACAGGACGUUCUGGCCAGAAUGGGAAACCAGACUUUCAUGUCGUUGAUAGAUGCGGCAUCACUUUCGCUGCUGAUGCCCAUUGUGGUACGAGGGCUCAGGGAGCGAGAACCAGCCAGCAAGAAGUGGUCAGCCCAGAUCUUUGGCUCGACCUCCCAGUUGGUACAGAACGUCGAUUUUAUCAAGCCCUAUUUGCCCAUGGUGGCGCCCAUGCUGGAGCAAGCCUUGUUCGAUCCCGUCUCGGAGGUGAAACGGGAAGCAGCCAAGACUUUUGGGGUCAUGGAGCAAGUUCUGCCGGAAUAUUCUCAGCGAAAGCUUCUCCCAUGGCUCUUUGGAAAGCUCCGAACAGGAGAACAGGGUGAACAGAUGGGUGCUGCCUUAGCUUUAGCUGAGACCUUGCUGAAAAUGGACAAGGACUUGGCUGCCAGCUUCACCGGAGAGCUCCAAGCGGGUGCGACGGACAGCCAUUGGCCGGUGAGGAGGGGAUUCCUUGAGCUGAUGGACACGAUGCCGCAGGCUAUGAAGAUGGAUUUUGUACCGUACAUCGAGUCGCUUUUCCCGGCGAUGUUGAUGGGAAUUACAGGUGACAAAGACCAGAACGAGGACCCCGGGCAUCGGGCGGCCUUGGCGUUGGUACAGCGCUUUGGUGAUCUUUGCCCACAUAGCUUGCUGGACGGCUUCGAGGGGGCCUACUGUUGCCUUCUGCAGAACGACUCCCCCGAGGAGGCAGCGAGAAAUUCCGUGACCCGCGAGAAGACGGUGGUGCUACUGGGCAAGGUGGCUGAGAAGAUUUUGGAGCACAAGAAGUUUGGACAAGAUCUCCUUACCACUGAGGACUGCUCCAACAAAGCCACCAGGGAAAGGGUGCUGCUGUUGAUCUUCCUCGCCAGGUAUGACGGAGAUGCAUCCGUCAAGCGAGUUGCGAAUGGUCUCUGGAAGACAGCAGGUGGAGCCCCGAAAGUCCAGAAGGCCAUUAUGCCCAGCAUGACCAAGUUUUUGCAACGGCUACGUUCGGGGGAACGUGGCCCUGCUGCGCAGAAGCUGGCGCUGGAGGUGAUCGACCAGCUGGUGAAGAGUGGUGACAUGGACGCACUUGAGGGUGAAGUGCCCGAGGUCAAAAGAUGGUCCUUUCCACCGAGUCUGGACCGCGCGCCUGAAGGCACUCUGGCUGCGCUUGUUGUCCAUGGGCAAGAGCCUCAAGCAGAAGCGGAGGAGGCAGUCAACGGUCAGAAACACAUGGAUGCUGCCUCUGCUGCCAGUAAAGCUCGCGAGGUCAUCAAUAGCAACAAGCACUUGUCGAAGUUGGUCCCCUGCGUUCGUCAACACUUAGCUGCCAUUGCUGCGUCGAUUGUGGUGGAGGGCCAGAAGAACAAACAUUUCAAUGGAAGGAAGCAGAUGGCAACAAUGACGGAAGAUUUCACGACAGCAUUGACUCUGUCCAAAGAGGUGGGUGAAGCUCCUUCCUUGAACGACUUGCCCUCGAUUUCGGAAGCCGUGGUCAGAGCAGUCAUGGGGGACUCGUUUGAUGCUCAUGCAGAUGGACAAGAUGAAGAUGACGAGAUUUUGUUAAGAGUCGAGAAUCUUCUCCUGAUGUAUGGAGCCGGCCACUUGUUGCUAAAGGACACCACACUGGAGAUGCGGAAGAACUGCCGCUACGGUGUCGUAGGUCACAAUGGUGCUGGUAAGACGACCCUCAUGAAGGAGAUCGCGGCACAUCGCAUCGUUGGCAUGCCGCCGGAUCUCAAGUGCGUACAUGUGGACGACUCCAAACUUGGGGAGAUGAGCAAGAGUUACCUGAAUGUCGGCUUUGAUGAAGCGAAGCUGAACGAUCCCGUGAGCGAGCUGUCCACCGGUUGGAGGAUGCGACUCACGCUGGCGGUGUCCAUGUUGAAACACGCCGAUUUAGUCCUUUUGGACGAGCCAACGAACCAUUUGGAUGAAGAGUCCGUUCGCUGGCUCAGUGACUACAUCCUUUCUAUCACAUCUUCUUCAGUCAUGGUCAUUUCGCACGAACCCAAGUUCCUGAACAAGAUUUGCACUCACGUGGUUGCAUACGUGGACAAGAAGCUCGAAUACACUGAAGGCAAUUUCGACAUCUUCGCCCAGAAGAAGGGUCUCAGCAGAGAGCAGAUUGAUGCGAUGCUCUCGGGAAAUUUGAGCUUCGACACCAAGAACGGCGAAGAAGAGGAUGGCGAAGGUGAUGCGCCAAAGGUGGCAGCCCCGGUGACUGGACCGCCGAAACUCACUUUCCCUAUCCCUGGAUCUAUGGAAGGUGUCAAGACUGGAUCUAAAAGCGUGUUGGAAGUGAAGCAUGUCUCCUUCCGCUAUUCGAAGGAUAAGGAGUACCUGCUGCAAGACUGCUGUGGAAAGCUGAGCUUGAGCUCUCGUGUGGCUAUUUGCGGCAGGAAUGGCUGUGGGAAGUCCACACUCAUGACGCUCUUGUGUAGUGAGCUCACACCAUCGGAGAAUAAAGAUGGAUCCCAUGGUGAGGUUUGGCGACAUCACAAUCUGCGCCUGGCAUACAUGAAGCAGGACCAUUUGAAGGCAUUGGGACCCUUCUUUGACACUUCUCCGUUCGUUUACAUCACGGAGCGCUUCAAGGAAGGCUAUGACGGAGACUUGCAGCGGCGCCUGAUUGAGCCUGAAGAUGAAGAGGAAGCUUCAAGACGGAAGGAGUUGGCCAAGCAACAUGGCAAGUAUGGCAACGAAGUGGCCGAGCUCAUUAGCCGAACGAAGGUUGGCAACCACCUGGCAUAUGAAGUGCGAUGGGCUGGCUUGGACGACCCAAAGCAGAACACCGUGGAACCCAUUUCAAAGCUCAAGGCCAUGGGUUUGGACAAGGUCAUCAUUGCCUGCGACGAGCGGAUCGCUGCGAAGGCGGCUGGCUUGGAUCAGCGGCCAUUGACGCGACGGGAAAUCGUCAGGCAUUGCGAAGCCUUUGGGAUUGAUGAGGAAAUGUGUUGCAAUCGACAAAUUCGUGGCUUUUCAGCUGGACAAAAGGUGAGAUUAUCUUUGGCCGCUAUCUUCUGGACCAAGCCGCAUUUCAUCGCGCUGGAUGAGCCCACCAAUUACCUGGACGUAGAGACGGUCGAUGCCCUUGGAAAGGCACUGACUACCUUCCGGGGAGGGAUCAUCAUGAUCGAACCCAAAAGCGACUUUGUGGAGCGCAUCUGCAAUGAACGCUGGCAGAUCGAGGAUGGAAAGAUGAAAGUUGAGAAGCUGAACAACGGAGUGAAGCGUCAGGCUUAA